CCCCCUCGCCCGGCUCUAGAGCUUCAGCUUUGCCGUCUCUGUGCACUGUCUGCAGCAGACACCUUUGCAAAGGCUCAGGAUGCCCUUUGCUUCCUCACCAUGUGCUUUGGUUUUUUCAUAGUUAAUGUUUGUGAAAGACCUGAACGCACGAAGCAAUUUUCAAAACAGAUCUGCAUGGUAGGGAGGAGUGUGUGUGGUUACUGAUGGGAGCUGUAAAAAUGGCUUUUGGAUAGUCCUCAGAUGCUGUACUUUUAAUGCCUAAGGAAGUGGAAUGAAAGUUGUGCAUGGUUGAAACUACAAUACUUAGUCUUAAACCUGGAGCUAUGGGUAGAACUUACUUUGUUGAGGAAGCUAUCGGGCAAUAUCUUUCAGACCUUAGCACAAAAUUAAAGCCUUAUGUCACUGGCCUGUUAAUAGGGCAGUGUUCCCUACAAAGAGACUACGUAAUUCGGGCUGUUCGAACGCCUCCAAAGGAAGAGCAGAAGGAAGACAACAUUGAUCUUUCAAAACUGGCAUCCAUUGAUGAAGAAUGGAUAACUGCACAUGCCAGUCAGGUUUCUAGAAUGCUUCCUGGAGGUUUAUUAGUUCUUGGUGUAUUUAUUAUUGCAACUCCAGAACUAUCAAAAGAUUGUCAAAAUGUUUUGCGCAAGCUAAUCUUCUCAGUGGAAAAAUCGUUGACUAAAAGAAGGCUCUGGAAACCUGCGGAGGAGGAGGUCUCAGACAGAGCAGCUCUUCAAAUCUGUUCUGCUACAAAAAAAGUAGUUUGCCGAACCUAUGAUGUACAAGAUCCAAAGAGUUCAGCUAAACCAGCAGAUUGGAAGUAUCAGAGUGCUCUAUCUGCUUCCUGGUUAGCUUUGUACUGCACUGUAAAUGUUAAUAUUCACAUUCCACUUCUUGCUACUUCACCGAACCAUGACUUGGAGAAGAAUACAAAGAAUGGGUUAAAUCGAUGGUCAAAACAGAUAGAAGACAGUGUUUUUCUGAUCAAUGGACAAGUCAAAGAUGAUGAUGCAGAAUUACUAGAAGGGCAGAAAAAGUUAAGGGGAAAUACUCAGUCCAGCUCCCAGUCUUCUGAUGUCAAGGUUCUGACACAGCUGUCCCAGGGUUCAAGUCAUAGAUCGACAGCUACAGUCCAGGUCUGCAGUGGUUCCAUAAAUCUCAAAGGGGCUGUGAAAUGCAGAGCCUACAUACAUAACAACAAGCCAAAAGUUAAAGAAGCUAUUCAGGCUUUGAAAAGAGACAUAAUAAAUACCUUGAGUGAUCGGUGUGAAAUACUAUUUGAAGAUCUAAUUAUAAAUGAAGGACAUCACAAAAAAAAUUUUGAGAGGGAAUAUCAUGUCUUACCUCAAAGACUGUUCGUCCCUGUUGCUGGAUCCACUGUGAUGCUCAGUGAUUAUAAGUUUGGUGAUGAGGCCACUGGAGAAAUUCAGGAACGUUUUGUUGAGAUGUUGGAUCAGUCUGUGCAAGCUGAAAAUAUCCAUAUAGCAGAGGAAAUGAGCACAGUUGAUAUUUGUCCCAUCACAGACCGCACGGAUGACACGCAACAGAAACAACUGACAAAAGCAACAUUGCUGUUGAAACUUCAACAAAAUAUGGGUGUGGUAAUAGCAGCUGCUGUUGCAGUCUUUGCAUCAAUCUUCUCUUUCAAUUACUUCAGUGAUUAAACUCAAGCAACUGGACUUUCAUGGAAGUAUUGGCCAGUUACAAGGUGGAAAGAAACAUCUGAGUUCAGUAUAUUCGUAAUUGGGAAUUGUUGCCUAUAUAUCACCAGUUAAUGUGCAAUAUAAAUUGUAAUGGUAGGUUCAGUUACCUUGUUCCAGCAUGCACUUACUAUAUCAAGUAGAGUCAUGUGAUUAGAGUAUCAAGUAGAAGGGGAGUCAGGUUUACAAGAAACUAAUCCUGUUGCUCUGUAUAAAUGAAUGAUAGGAGUAUUUUCUAGAAAGAUCUCUUAAGCAAAUGUAGAACCUUCAUUUUCUUCCUACUUCUUCUUCCAAUGCAAAAUAUUGGUUAAUUGGCAUAAUAGCUGUACAAAUAGUUUCUAGUAUUUCAAGACGAGACCAAUUCAGCUUGUGAAUACCUUCGUUCAAGACCUGGAGAACUCAACCAAUAAAAUGCAUAGAACUUCUGAGAUGUGUGUAUGCCACCUUUUACUUGGUGACUCUUGAUGAGGAUUUCUCUGUCCAGCUCCAGUUGAUCAUACGCAGGGAAUAUUAACUGUUACAGCAACAGCUACAUCUAGGCAGCCCUUGUGGAUUAUCUUGCAGUUACGUGCAAGUUGUCAAAAUUGUUUGCUGGUCAGGAUUUUUAGGCUAUAGCUUUCCAUUAUGAGAGACACUCUUGGGUAUGUUAGGAGAUGAUAUCAUUGUUUACUUGCCAUGGGGAGAGCAGGAGGAGGGAGGAAUUAUAGUAAGGCUGAUGAAGAUAAGUCAUGUCAAAUGUGAUGUUUACUUGGAUCUGAACUACAAUAGAAAAGAAUUCCAGAAUUCAGGGCAUUUUAAUACUGCAAAUUUCUUUUUUGUAUAAAGCCAUUGGAACACUAAGAACAAAUAUAAGAAUAUGGUUCUAAAGCAUAAUCAAGGAUGUACUGUGAUACUUUUAAUAAAAGGUAACUAUGAGAGAUA